AUGUCUGCAGGAAACCAAAAUCUGCUUUUCCGGUUGAUGCUAUACAUUACCUUGUCGCAUUUGAGAAGAAUUCCGUCGUGCACCGCAUUUCAAACCAGCUUCCAACCGACCCGUCAAUCAGUCUCGAGACUCUUCGCUUCUGCCUCAGAAGGAACUAGAUUUACUACUAUGACUACCGCAAACAAGUCUGAAAAAGUUAAAGCGAAGCUGGUAUCUGUGGAUUCCCUAGAAGAAUGUGGAGAGAGACUUCGACAAGGAGGUCUUGUUGCCUUUCCAACAGAAACUGUGUAUGGGUUGGGUUGCAAUGCUCUGGACCAAGAUGCAAUUAUGAAAGUUUUCAAAGCAAAAGAAAGGCCAUUGACUGAUCCGCUGAUCACACACGUGACAAAACACUCAGAUGCAUAUGAACUGUGGAAUGCGGAAGAGUCCUCCAUCGAGGGCAAAGCAUUACGCCAAUUAUGCGACAAGUUCUGGCCUGGUCCGUUUACACUAGUCGCAAAGGCAGCUCCUCAUGUUCCACAGACUUUAAUGGCAAACACUGGAUUUGUUGCUUGUCGGGCUCCACAACAUCCGAUAUCCAUAGCUUUGAUUGAUGCUGCCAAAGUGCCCAUCGCAGCACCAAGUGCCAACAAGUUUGGUCACGUAUCACCCACCAGAGCCUCGCAUGUUUGGGAUGAUUUGCAUGCUGAAGAUGUUUGGAUUAUUGACACGACAGAGAGCGACUCGGAAGUUUGCGCUGUUGGUGUUGAAAGUUCUGUCGUAAAGAUGGAGUUGAGUGAAAAUUCUGAGAAGGGAACGAUUACGCUGCUGAGACAAGGUGCAGUUUCCGCCAGCGCAAUCCAAGGUUGCCUGGAGGAGGCGGGAAUAGCAGACAACUUUGACGUUAUCUCAAGAACCAAGAAGGCUGUGGACGAGACAGUUGCAGAAGUUGCUCCUGGCCAAAACAUUCGCCACUACUCUCCAAACAUCGUCAGCCGGAUUAUUUCUCAAUCAUGUUACACCUCCAACAAAGACCCUACUCACGAGGAAGUUGAAGUCUUGUCCAAAACUGUAUUGAUUGACUUUGGUGGCAAGUUGUCAUCUUGGGAGAAACAUGCCAUUGCCUACAGAGACUUGAGCAAAAGCGAAAAUUCUGCUGAAGCGACGAAAUCAGUUUUUGACAUUCUAAGGUGGGCUGAACAAGUGGACGAUGCCACACAAAUCCUCUUUCCAGAGAUACCGGAUGGCCCAUCUGUGGAUGCGUUGACAUUGGCUUUGAAAGACCGCCUGACUCGUGCAGCCAGUGGAGUUGUAAUUAGUAGAAUAAACUAG